AUCCUUGUGAACUUGAGGAGAAAAUGAAGCACAAUAAUCGAAUUCCGAACGUUCAUUAUCACAAGGAUUGGCAGUUGCAUGUUAAGACUUGGUUCGAUCAGCCUGGACGAAAAAAGAGAAGAAGACUCAAUCGUAUCAAUAAGGCCGCUCGAAUUGCUCCACGCCCUGUCGAACUUUUGAGACCAGCAGUAAGAUGCCCCACACUUAAAUAUAAUACUAAAUUAAGAGCUGGUCGUGGAUUCACUCUUGAUGAGCUCAAGGAAGCUGGAAUUCGUCGUAAAGAAGCACUUACUAUUGGUAUUCCUGUUGACCACCGACGCAAAAAUCGAUCAGUUGAAUCUCUUCAACUUAAUGUUCAACGUUUGAAGACAUAUAAGAGCAAACUCAUUAUCUUCCCUAAAAAUGCCAAAAAACCAAAGAAGGCUGAUUCAGCGCCGGCUGAAACAGCCAAUGCAACUCAACAAAAGGGCGCGGUCUUACCAAUUAAACAAACAUGGACGAGAGAAAAGGCUCGACCUAUUACUGAUGAAGAAAAGGCUGUUAGCGCAUAUGCUGUUUUGCGUAAAGCUCGCUCUGACGCCCGUCUUGUUGGUGUACGUGAAGUCCGUCGUAAGGCCAAGGAAGAGGAAGAAGCUACUAAGAAGAAAUAAAAUUAAAACGAUUUAAUUAAAAUGUCAUUAGUUUUAGUUUGAUUAACAUGUUAAUGAAAAAAUGUAAGUGAUGACGGAGUUAGAGUAACAUUUAAGAAGUCUCACUGAAGCGCUUAUUCAACAUAUAUAUAUAUAAAAUUUAAUUUUUUUUAAAAAAAAAAGUUA